UCGAGGUGCCUCCACCGGCCGGGUCAGAGCAGCAAGAGCAACCACGCAACGUAUGUAAACGUAUCGAGCUGGAACUGUACAGAAACUGCGACCCGACAAAACGUUCCAAGACAUUCGGAAAUUCGCCAAGUGAGGUUAGUGAGAUAAAUAAACUUGUCAUGGACACAGCAAAAAUGCCCUUGGAGUGUCCGGUGUGCAACAUCAAAUGUAGGACUGAUUUUUCUCUCCGAAGCCAUCUCAGAACUCACACAGGAGAACAGCCCUUCGAAUGUUCUGUGGGCCAAAAAAAGUUUUCGCUCAAUGGUAACCUCCGCCAACAUCUCGCAACGCACACUGGCGAAAGGCCCUUCGAGUGUUGUCUGUGCAACAAGAAAUUUGGGAGAAAUGGUCACCUUCGCUUACAUCUCGCAACGCACACAGGCGAAAGGCCCUUCGAGUGUCCUGUGUGCAACAAGAAAUUUGCGACAAGUAGUGAGGUUCGUGUACAUCUCCGAACGCACACUGGCGAAAGGCCCUUCGGGUGUUCUCUGUGCAACAAGAAAUUUGCGACUAGUGCUAAUCUACGUGAACAUUUCCGGACGCACACAUCAGAAAGAUCCUUCGAGUGUUUUCUGUGCAACAAGAAAUUUGGGAGAAAUGGUCACCUUCGCAAUCAUCUCCAAACACACACAGGCGAGAGACCCUUCGAGUGUUCUGUGUGCAACAAGAAAUUUUCGAUUGAUUCUAAUCUACGUCACCAUUUACGGACUCACACAGGCGAAAUGCCCCUCGAGUGUCCUGUGUGCAACAAGAAAUUUGCGACAAGUACUGAGGUUCGUGUACAUCUCCGAACGCACACAGGCGAAAGGCCCUACGAAUGUUCUGCGUGCAACAAGAAAUUUGCGACAAGUAGUAACCUCCGUGUACAUAUCCGAACGCACACAGGAGAAAAACCCUUUGAGUGUCCUGUGUGCAACAAGAAAUUUAGUUCAAGUAGUUACCUUCGCCUACAUCUCCAAACGCACACAGUGGAAGGACGCCUGGCCCUGGAGUGUGCGAUGUGCGACAAGAAAUUUACAUUCAGCUCUAAUCUUCGAAGACACCUCAGUGUGCACACAGGAGAAAAAAGCUUUGAGUGUUCCGUGUGCAACAAGAAAUUUGCAUUCUCCGAUAAGCUACGUAGACAUUUCCAAACCCACACUGGCAAAAAGCUCUUCGAGUGUUCUAUGUGCAGCAAAGUAUUUGCUACAGAUGAAAAUCUACGUCAACAUUCCCUGACUCACACAGGAGAAAGACCAUUCAAGUGUACUGUGUGCAACAAGAAAUUUACAAAAGGUGGUAACCUUCGCAUUCACCUUAGAAUGCACAUAGAAGAAACUUUCUGUGAGCGUUCUGAGUGAAAAAGAGAAUUUAAUCACAUUAGCUAUCUCCAGCGAUACAUCUUCAAACGCACACGUUUGAAAAUACCUUCGAUUUUUUUUCCUGUGCAUCAUAUGAAAUGUUAAAUUGAAGGCAUCUAGUGAGCCUUAAAUUGUGGCUUUAUUUGUUCAAUAUUGUCUUAUCCUAUUUUGUGUUUGCU